CCUUGCUUUUGGCGGCACUUCGUGCAUCUCCCCUCCAUGUGUAUCGUGGUCACUGGGAACUACUACUACUACUACUUACUGCACACAGUUCACUUCCUCCCUCAUCAACAACUGUUCUCAUCGUUAUUUGAUCAUGUACAGGUCCAGAUCAACAGACAGCUCCCUCUUCACUCACCUACAUCUUUAGAAUUCGCGCCUCGACCGACCACGAGCCUAGGACUACUUGCUCUCCCUCGCCCUACGUGCGAUCUGCUUACUGACCAGAUCCCCACCCCCGCCCACAGACCAUUCAGAACCACGAUUGUUACUGUGUAGAUCUUAUCGCCCAGGAUUACGACUUGCCCCCAACUCUCAACCGAACCACUCGGUGCUCUCUAGUUCUAACCUGGUUACCCCUCUUCGUCACCACUGUCGCUGCCACAGCUGCCACAGCUGCAUUGCUGCACCACACUCCUCUGUCCUCCCAACCCCAAUCACGCCAACUGUACCAAUUGUACAUUGCAGGCUCUUGCCAGACCCGGUGCGAAUCGAAUCGAAUCAGGAGCUUCCAAGCUCAGACGAUUCUCUUUCACCACUCUGGUUCAUUGUUUGACAUUCCAACUUCCGGGAACGUGCGCUUCCCACCAGCGCCCAAAUGCCGACCUUUGGAGGAUUGCUCAAGAAAAAGAAGACCAAGGAGUCUUCCGAAGACAAGUCUGCAGCUGCCAGCGGUGGCGGUUAUCAGCCUAUUCAGUACAAAUCGUCACAGAAAUCGGACAACCUCUCUUCAGUCAACUCCAAGACACAAUCCACCAAUGCCCCAACGACCUCCUCAGCCACCGCGCCCGUAACCUCGGCCCCAGAUCCCAAUGCUUCAGCUUCUCAAACCAACGGCGACAUGAACAUUGCCAACUUGGUCAGCCCAGCAGGCGGCACCGUUGAAAGUAAAGCCUCAGGCCGGCAGACCAAGGGCAAAUACACUCUGACGGACUUCACCCUCCAAAGAACUUUAGGCACCGGUUCCUUUGGCCGUGUGCAUUUGGUACAGUCAAAGCAUAACCAGCGUUAUUAUGCGAUCAAGGUCUUGAAGAAGGCGCAAGUGGUCAAAAUGAAGCAGAUUGAGCACACAAACGACGAGAGGAGGAUGUUGCAAAGAGUCAAACAUCCUUUCCUGAUCACCCUCUGGGGCACAUUUCAAGACUCCAGAAACCUCUAUAUGGUCAUGGACUUCAUAGAGGGUGGUGAACUGUUCAGCUUGCUUCGAAAAUCACAGCGUUUCCCCAACCCGGUUGCCAAAUUCUAUGCCGCCGAAGUAACCCUUGCCCUUGAAUACCUCCAUGCACAAAACAUCAUCUAUCGAGACCUUAAGCCCGAAAAUCUGCUCCUUGAUAGACACGGCCAUGUCAAGAUCACGGAUUUUGGUUUUGCCAAAGACGUUCCAGACAUCACCUGGACUCUCUGUGGCACACCUGACUACCUGGCCCCUGAGGUGGUGGCUUCCAAGGGCUACAACAAAUCCGUCGAUUGGUGGUCGCUUGGAAUCUUGAUCUUUGAGAUGUUGUGUGGCUUCACGCCGUUUUGGGAUGGAGGAAGUCCUGUCAAGAUUUAUGAGAACAUUCUGAAAGGACGAGUCAAGUACCCUCCUUAUAUUCACCAAGAUGCACAGGAUCUACUCGUACAACUCAUCACAAGCGACUUGACCAAGAGAUUGGGCAACCUGCACGAAGGCCCAGCUGCCAUCAAAAACCACCCCUGGUUUGCAGAAGUGACAUGGGAACGUUUGGUCAAAAAGGACAUCGAUGCUCCCUACGUACCACCCGUCAAAGGCGGUGCGGGCGAUGCCAGUCAAUUCGACAAGUACCCUGAGGAAACGGAGGAGUACGGCAAGAAAGGAGAUGAUCCAUACGGACACUACUUUACCGACUUUUAACGAAUGCAAGAGUCUUAUGACGGAGAUGCUUGGGAGAGAGAAAUGCCGCCAUGUGAAUAUCCUUAACGGGGAGAGGACGAUGAGCACAAGACAGGACAUGCUUUAUAAGGGCGCUACAGCUAAUGCUGAAGCUUUGGGUACGGAUGCUAUCUAUUUUUGAGAUUCGACGAAGCAGUUCUGGAUUUGAAUUUUGGUCGCAGGCUCAAUUUUGUCCUGCCUUCGACUUUGAAUCUUGCGGGAACGAAGUAUGUCAGGUUGGUGCUCUGGAGGAAGCAAAGAAAGCAACGUGCUUGGACAUUGGUUCUGUGCAGUUGUCUGGUUGCAGAAAAUGGACGAAACCCGGGGUUGGGUCCCUUUUGGAAAUCAAAUUCAUGCGCGACGCAAACGAUGGUUAGCUUGGAGCGAUAUCUCUAAAAAUCUAUCAAUAUCAAGUUAUUUUUGGCACAA